UUCAUUUUUCAGAUCAACCAAAGAAAUAGAUGGAUAUUGAAGAAGAAAGCUUGAAAGGGCAAGCUGACAUAUGGGAGCAUAUGUUUGCAUUUGUAGAUUCAAUGGCACUGAAAUGUGCAAUUGAACUUGGUAUACCUGAUAUCAUAAACUCUCAUGGUCGUCCGACCACAAUGUCUGAGAUCAUCGAAAGUUUAAAAACAACCACAUCAUCAUCAUCUCCUAGCGUAGAUUUUCUUACUCGUGUAAUGAGAUUGUUGGUUCGUAAACGUAUAUUUACUUCUCAUUCACACCAAGAAAGCAAUCAGACUUUAUAUGAUCUAACUCCAUCAUCGAAAUGGUUGCUGAAAGAUUCGGAACUUAAUUUAUCAAGAUUGUUUUUAUUUGAAACUGAUCCAACAUUAGUAACACCAUGGCAUUAUAUGGGAAAAUGUGUUCAAGAUGGUGGUCUUUCUUUUCAAAAAGCUCAUGGGUGUGGGAUAUGGGAUCUGACGUUAGCUAACCCUCAAUUUAAUCAGCUCUUCAAUGAAGGAAUGGCAUGCACGGCGAAGAUGCAGGUCGAUUAUAGAAAUGGGUUCAACGGUAUAGGAUCGCUUGUUGAUGUUGGUGGUGGGACAGGGGCGAUCAUAGCUGAGAUCGUAAAAGCUAAUCCACACAUACAAGGUAUCAAUUUUGAUUUACCUCAUGUGGUGGCUACAGCACCUGAAUAUCCAGGAAUCAGCCAUGUUGGGGGUGAUAUGUUUGCUCACAUUCCGGAAGCGGAUGCUGUUAUCAUGAAGUGGAUAAUGCAUUGCUGGAGCGAUGAAAACUGCGUGAAGAUCUUGAGGAACUGUCGUAAGGCGAUAUCAAAGACAAAGAAUGGAAAAGUUAUAAUUGUUGAUUGUGUAUUGCGACCUGAGGGAGAUGGCUUAUUUGAUGAAACAGGAUUAGCAUUUGAUCUGCUGAUGAUGGUAAAUACUUUGGGCGGAAAAGAAAGGACUGAAAUCGAAUGGAACAUUUUACUGAAAAGUGCUGGUUUCCCUCGUUAUAAUAUAAUUCAACUUCCCACGUUCCCCUCCAUCAUCGAAGCCUUUCCCGAGUGAAGAUGGAAGGCUAAUGCUAUUAAGUUAAUUAUUUUUUACAUUUGCAUUUCAUUUCCCAAAAUAAGCAAACAUUAUGUUGCCCUAAAAAGCUUGGUUUACUUGUACUGUUGUACAUCUAUCAGAUCUCCUUCUUCGGAACAACGUCCCUAUUAAGUUAGAAAACUUGGUUAGCCAACUGGGAAAAUAAAGGAGAUUGCAGAUUUACUACAAGGGGUACUAUAGUAAGUAUCGUCUUAAUAUGUAUGUUAAGAGUUGCAAAAGAGUCUCUAUAAGGGUAGCAUAAUGCUGCUCUUGUUAUGUA